UAGUACUUUUUAUGCAUGUUGAUCUCGUGUGAUUUUUUUCGAAAAACAUUAAAGGACCAAAUUUUCUUUUUUAAAUUUUCCUAAAAAAAUGGUUUUAUAUUUUACAAGUGAAGUUGUUUCACCACCCUAUUUAAUUUACAUGGGUAACGAUAAAUUCGAAAAUGAAGAAUUACUGAAAUGGGCAUGGCCAGAAGAUGUUUGGUUUCAUGUGGAUAAAGAAUCUUCUGCACAUGUAUAUUUACGCUUGAAACCGGGUGAAACUUUGGACGAUAUUCCAUCGACCGUUUUGGAUGAUUGUGCUCAAUUGGUCAAAGCAAACAGUAUAAAAGGGAAUAAAAUAAGCAACUUGAAUAUCGUUUAUACGUUUUGGACAAAUCUAAAGAAAACGGCCGAUAUGGAAGUUGGACAAGUUGGUUUCCAUGAUUACAAACAAGUUAGAUCGAUUUCAGUACAAAAACGAAUUAAUGAAAUUGUCAACAGGCUAAACAAGACCAAGCUCGAUUAUUUGAUUAAAAAAAGGUGGUCAAAAAUAAUGUUGAUCUGCGACAAGAACGUGAAGAAAGAGAUCGUAAAGAACGAAACAAAGAGAAAGAUAUUCAACGAGAGAUACGAUUACGAGAAAAAGAGGAAACAAAACGACGGGAAGAAGCUGCUAAACUUCGUAGCUAUGAUUAUGUUAUGAAAACAGAAAAUAUGAAAACUAAUGAGGUUCGUUUUUCCUUGCCAAUGUUUUUCAACUAAUUUGACCGUUUUAAUUGAAAAUUUGUUCACAGGAUGGUUACGAUUCUGAUGAUUUCAUGUAAAAUGUAUAUAUUUGUGAUUAUGUUUUUUUUUUUGAAAGUGAAUAAAUCAAUCGGAUAUCAAUCAAUCAAA